AUGUUUUCAUUUCCUUCACAGUUUGGCACCAUCCUUUACGAUUUACAGAAGACACCAGAAAGUAAGAGAGGAUAUGUUAUCUCUGCAAGGACUGCAACUCGCUUUCCCCCCUGUAAUAAGACGGUGACUCCUUCUCCUACGAAGUACCAGCCUGACCAAAGCAAGUCCAGAGUCCCCCCUCCUGGCAAAACCCCUUUUAACUCCAACACACAGAGGUUCAGCAGCACAUUAAGUUCAGAGUGCACUCCGGGCCCUGGGACCUACGCUCCUGAUGCAGUGACAAACAGGAAGGUGACGUGGCCGAUGUGCUUUGGGAGCCCAGACUGGUCCAGACUGCCUCAGCUGGAGAAGAAGUCACUGAGGGUGAAGCUCAACAAUGAAGAGGAGUUCUCGAAGCACAGGAGCCGAGUGGCCUACCUCAGUUUGUACUAUUAACUCCAGAGCUGAUGGACGACGGCCUGCCACGACGUCCGAUGCUGCUUUUAUUGUGUUAUUUGCUUGAGAUUAUGAUUUGAACAAAACAGCAAAAAAAAAACAAACAUUUUCAUCUACUGGACUGAAACCUUUCUUA